AUGGAAGAGUUGAACAAUAAGAAGAGAUUGCGAGAGGAGUCGGAGGUGAUUAAAUCAGAAAUCGACAUUCCAGAGGUCAAGAGGCUGAGGGAGGAUCUACUGGAAAGUUUGGAUGAUGAGACGGAAUUUUAUCCGACGAGUCAAGAUCUGGACUCGUUUAUAAAGAGCUUUGAGAAAGAAAUUGGAUCUUCAUCGAAUGUGGAGGAAGUGGUGGAUCUGACGUCAGAUUCUGGCGAGUCUCAGCCCGAGCUUGGUUACUUGUUGGAAGCUUCUGACUACGAGCUUGGGCUUCCGCCGUCGUCUGAAUCUCCGAGUGAGGUGGAGAAUGAUCAAAGAUACGAGUUAGUCCGAGUCGAGUCUGACUCGUCUGAACUCAGUAGCGAGUUUUCUUGGCUCGAUGGAGAAAUACCAAGUUUUGACUCGUUCGAGUUUGGAUUUGUUGAUACGGAGAUCUAUAAUGGUAACACCAACGACUAUGUAGCAAUGGACGGGUUGUUUGAUUAUUCGGAUAUGGGUUUCUGGUCAGAUGAUUUUGCAUGUAGGCCCGAAACGCCGUUACCAGCACAGUUCUAG